CGAGGAAGUUCAUCUGAAGUUUCAAGUUGUUGACCGAGAAAAUGAAUCAAGAUAAAAUGGAUGCCAUGGGCACAUUUCCUCCUAGGAGAACAGAACAGUUUUCUUUCUUUUCAAAAUGGUGAUUGCUUUUGGAUCUUUCUUUCUCUUCUCUGUUUCCUCUUUGGCUGUGAUUUCCUUUGCCUUAAGCGAUAAUCAUGGCGAAUUUAUUUACAAUGGCUUCAAUGGAGCUAGUUUGCAUCUUGCUGGAAUUGCAAAUAUCCAACCACAUGGUCUAUUGCAGCUAACCAACACAUCAAACCGGCAAAUUGGUCGUGCUUUCUUCCAAUUCCCAAUAGAAUUCAACACUUCUUAUUCAUUUUCCACGAGCUUCGUUUUUGCCUUCGUUCGUAAGUCGCAAGACUAUUUUGGCCAUGGCAUGGCCUUUGUCAUCUCACCAUCUACAGAUUUCAGCCAUGCUGUUGCAAGCGAGUAUCUAGGGCUCUUCAAUAUUUCAAACGAUGGCGCUUCUGCAAACCAUGUCUUGGCAGUCGAGUUUGAUUGCGUUCUUAGCCCUGAAUUUAAAGAUAUAGAUAAUAACCAUGUGGGGAUUGAUGUGAACAACUUGACAUCCAUUGAAUCCACUUCAGUUUCUUUCUAUUCCAAUGGAGAAAGGAAGAACAGACGCUUGGAGCUCAUGAGUGGAGAGCCCAUACGGGCUUGGAUAGACUAUGUUGAAGAUGAAAAGUUGCUCAAUGUGACAGUGGCACCAGUAAGAUGUCCCAAACCAAACUACCCUCUCUUGUCGAAAUCAAUUGAUCUUUCUAAAAUUUUGUUGGAUACCAUGUAUGUCGGUUUCUCUGCAGCAACUGGUGCAGUUGCAAGUAACCAUUAUGUUCUUGGCUGGAGCUUUAACAGAAGUGGAGAAGCAGAAAGUCUUAAGAUUGCAGAGCUUCCACAUCUCCCCAAGGAAAAGAUAGCUCAGAUAGGAAUAAAGGAGUUAGUCUUGUAUAAAGUGAUUAUGCUGCUGAUAGUUUUGAUUUUUCUGGGCACAAUCUGUGGGGCUGCUUAUCUUUUCUGGAGAAAUAAAUAUGGGGAAGUGCGCGAAGAAUGGGAAAAGGAAUUUGGACCUCAGAGGUUCUCGUAUAAGACUCUCUACAAAGCAACCAAAGGUUUCAAGGAUAAAGAUUUGCUUGGAGAAGGAGGUUUUGGAAAGGUUUAUAGGGGUACCCUUCAAUCUUCCAAUGAAGAAAUUGCUGUCAAGAGGGUCAGACACAAGCAUGAUUCAGGAGAAGGAAUGAAGCAGUUUGUCUCUGAAAUUGUUAGCAUGAGAAGGUUGAGACAUCGGAACUUGGUGAGGCUCCUUGGAUAUAGCAGAAGAAAGGGAGAACUGCUCUUGGUCUAUGAUUAUAUGCCCCAAGGUAGCCUUGACAAGUUCUUAUUUACGGAUGAAAAACCAAGUCUGAAUUGGCCUCAAAGGUUUCAAAUUCUCAGAGGAGUUGCUUCUGCUCUCCUAUAUCUCCAUGAAGAGUGGGAACAAGUUGUACUUCACAGAGAUAUAAAAGCAAGCAAUAUUCUGUUAGAUUCUGAAUUAAAUGGGAAGAUAGCGGAUUUUGGCCUUGCUAGGUUACAUGACCGUGGUUCCAGUUCAAAGACCACCCUUCUGGUGGGAACUUUAGGGUAUAUGGCUCCUGAGCUUACUAGAACGGGGAAGGCAAAUAUGAGCACUGAUGUGUUCGCUUUUGGGGCCCUUUUGCUUGAGGUAGCUUGUGGGAGGAAGCCUAUUGAACCACAAGGACUUCCUGAAGAGGUAUCCUUAGUUGGCUGGGUUAGGACUUGCUGGGCAAGAGGAGAUAUUCUGCAUGCUAGUGAUCCAAGGUUGGGAGGGGCUUAUGUUGUGGAGGAAAUGGAGCUGGUUUUGAAAUUAGGCCUACUAUGCUCCCACCCCGAUCCGGAAAUUAGGCCUACCAUGAGGCAAGUGCUGCAGUAUCUUGAUGGCAAUGCCAAUCUCCCAGAUACUAUAACACCAAGAAAUGUCGCAAGUAACAAUGCUAAUUCGCUGGCUUUCCUGCUUCACACAGCUGAAAUCAGUAUUUCCACAGCCAAUUUUGUAGAAUCUGGACAGCUAACGCUAUCUCCAACUUCCUGGUCUAGUAGCGAGUCAAUUCUCUAUCGAGGUCGUUGAAUCUGUCUGUUCUUCAUCACACUGAUACAAAGAUAAACAGAGCAGCUUUUGUAGACAAUGUUGUAUAUAUAGUCAUAUGCUGCUCCUUUUAUGUUGAAUUUUCAGAAAAGCUGACUUUUCUAGUCUAGCUUAGCAGAACAAAAACUUUGUAAACAACUUUCUUUUUCUGAUUUCAUUCACAUCAAUGUAAGCAUGCUUAAUUUCACAGUAAAAUCAGUAUUUUCCU